AUGCCAGCCUAUCACUCUGCCUAUAAUGAAGAGCCCGAUGUUCGCCUAGUGGGAAACAUGUCGAUUCUUCCUAUCAACUCUCGUAUUCGGGGACCUGCUCCGCUUCAAGCGGAUCCUUCGCAACCGGACAUUAUCGACGAAACCUUAGACCUAUUUCGUGCCAACUCGCUCUUCCGCAACUUUGAGAUCAAAGGGCCAGCGGACCGCCUGUUGAUUGUCCUCAUCUUGUUUAUAUCGGACUGCCUUGCCAAGAUCUCGGCUGCGCGUACUCCUCCGACACAAAUCGAAUGUACCAAACUCUUGAAUACGCUAGCCGUGGAAUCAUUUGCUAUACCUGGUGAUGCAGGCUUCCCCCUUAACGCACACUACCAAUCACCAGCGAGCCGGCUUGACGGUGAUUAUCUCCGCACUUAUCUCACCCAAGUCCGUCAAGAGCUUGCCGCGCGUCUUGUGGACCGACUCUAUGCAGAUGGUACCGGAAAACCGAGCAAAUGGUGGCUCUGCUUCACCAAGAGGAGAUUCAUGAAUCGCAGCUUGAACUAA